GCUAUAUCUGACAUGUUGAUUGAUUGACCAAAGAGGCAGACUGUGUGUGUGUGUGUGCUUAGGGAAAUGGAUUUGUUGUAAGGUCAAUUAACACCAUAACAUCUGAACCACAAAAUAAUACUGCAAGGCUGAGGCUAGAGUGUACUAGCGUGUUUCUGUGAUAAAACAAGGCUGGAUAGCCUCAACUUUACAUAAGUCUGGCUGCUACUCCACAUCGACGUCACCAGUUUUAGUUUAAUAUAUAUUUUGGGUAUUAGAUACUCAAGUAUAAGUAUACAUUUUUAUUUGGCAAACUUUGAGAACUUUAGAAAUCCAACACCAUGGGUUCUACUGCUUCAGCUGCCAACAAGCUCACCUCCCGCCAUCCCCUUCAACGUCUCCCUUCCCCAUCUCCAACAAUAUCCGCUCUCAUCCAUCUCAUCGGGCUUACUUCCUUUUCUCUAUCCUAUAAGUAUCUCUUCGACUUUCCAACAUUUGUCAACUCUUCUUAUGGUUGGCACUUCCAAUAUCUCACCAUCAUUGGCCUCACUCUAGCCUUCCUUACUUUUGUUUUCGGUCUCCUCUCCGACAUAACUCUGUCCUCGAAACUUUUCCUGGUCAAAAAUUCUCUCUCAUUAUGUUCUGCGCCCCUCGAAGUUUUGAUAUCCGUUUUUUAUUGGGGGAUUUCGGCCAUUGAUAAGAAGCUCUUGAUACCUCCCGAGAUUGUUAUCAGCCCAUACGCUGAUGUUGGCUUCCAUGCUAUGCCAGCUAUCUUGCUGACCAUUGAUCUACUGUUUUUGAGCCCGCCAUGGACCAUCAAUGCACUGCCUGCUAUGGGACUUUCAUCAACUUUAGCAGUUGCAUACUGGGCUUGGGUAGAGCAGUGUUACAAAUAUAAUGGAUUGUGAGUAUCAUUAUCCGAGCGUUCACGUCUGACGAGAAGUGUGAUGAGUUGCUAAUAUCAAUAUCUAGUUAUCCAUACCCAUUAUUCGGACAACUUGACACAAUCCAAAGAGUUACUUUAUUUACUAGCGCUGCAUUGACAAUGACUGGAAGUACGGCAAUGCUUAAGUGGCUUUAUGGGAGAGUUAACGGUUUGCAAGGUGCUCAAUAUAGGAGCACACCUAACAACAUCAAGGGAGAAUAGACGAUCAUCAUAGAUGAACUUUUUUUGAGGAUAGAGAACUACAUACAGAUAUACAAAAUUGGUUUCCUGUAAUGUUAUCUAUAUACUUCCAAAUGAUCCUAAAUCUCGAAAAGAAGCACAGUAAGCAUGCGGCACAUUUAGUGUGGCUUGCUAAGCCAGCUGAACUCCAUUCACCACCUUCCAAUCAUCAAUUUCAUUUACAUGCAUUAU